UGAUGCCUCUUAAAAUCAUAAUUUAAUUUAAUGAGUAUUUCAAGUGAAAAUGAAAACGAUGUGAUAUAGGAGGAGGUUGGAAGUGAUGAUGAUGAAAAAAUUAAAGAGGAGGAAGAAAGAAUAAAGAAAUUAGAAUAAGACAAGAAAACAUUCAUGAGUUCAAUUAAAUAGACAAGCAGACUUAAUACAAAUGUAUUUAAAUGAAUUUAUGAUUAUUCAUAGAUUAAAUUUGACAACAUUGAAUCUAAGAUAAAUACAUUAUUAGAAAAUGCAGAGAAGUAUGCAAUGUUUCUCUUGCAUCGACAUAAGCGAACCUAGGAGUAAAAAUAAAAGGCAUUAACAUAACAGAGAGGUAAACAUAGACAAGUCAUAAAUGAAUCAAGUGAGGAAGAAGAUCUUGAUGAUGCGCCAACUGUACUUGAUAAACAACCUACAAUUUUGAGAGGAGGAUAAUUAAAGCAGUAUUAAAUGACAGGUGUGAAUUGGAUGAUUUCAUUAUUUGAGGAAGGAAUUAAUGGUAUUUUGGCGGAUGAAAUGGGUUUAGGCAAAACUAUUUAAACAAUAGGAUUUAUAGCAUUUCUAAAAGAAUACAAAAAGUUUAGUGGACCACAUUUAAUUGUGGCUCCAAAAUCAACUUUAGGUAAUUGGAUGAGAGAAUUCAAGAAAUGGUUACCAUGUGCAAGAGUAGUUAAGUUAAUAGCAGUAAAAGAAGAAAGAGAGGAUAUUAUCAAUAAGUUUUUUUAACCUGGAAAAUUCGAUGUAUGUUUAACAAGUUAUGAAGGAGUAAAUAUUUGUUUGAAACAUAUUCGAAGAUUUUAAUACAAAUAUAUCAUUAUUGAUGAAGCUCAUAAAAUAAAGAAUGAGGAUGCAAUAAUUAGUUAAAAUCUUCGUAAAAUAAAGACAAAUUAUAAACUAUUAUUAACUGGUACUCCACUCUAAAAUACACCUCAUGAAUUAUGGAGUUUAUUGAAUUAUCUUUUACCAGAUUUAUUUGAUUCUUCUGAAGUAUUUGAUAAAUGGUUUGAAGUUAAUACUGAAGCAAAGUUGAAAGAAGGAAAUGAAACAAUCAAAUAAGAAGAAUUGGAAUAAAGAAAUCUUGAAAUGGUUUAGAAAUUUUAAAAAAUUCUUAGACCCUUUAUGUUAAGGAGAACAAAAGCAGAAGUUGAAAGAAUUCUUCCACCAAAAUAAGAAAUUCAUCUUUUCAUAAAAAUGACAAAUCUCUAAAAGUAAAUGUAUUAGAAUAUUUUAUUGCAUAACAAUCCUCAUGAAGGAGAUGAUAAAGGGUUCUAUAUGAAUAAAUUAAUGUAACUUCGUAAAAUAUGCCUUCAUCCAUAUUUAUUCCCUGAAGUUGAGGACAAAUCAUUGCCACCACUUGGAGAACAUUUAGUAGAAGUUGCUGGUAAAAUGAGAGUACUUGAUAUAUUUUUAAAGAAAUUAAGUGAUGGUACACAUCAGAUAUUAAUAUUUUCAUAAUUUACAAUGAUGCUCAAUAUUCUUGAAGAUUAUUGCAAUUAUAGAAAAUAUGAUUAUUGUAGAAUAGAUGGAGAAACUGAAAUCUAAUAAAGAGAUGAUUAAAUUGCUGAAUUCACUUAGCCUGAUAGUAAAAAGUUCAUUUUCCUUCUUUCUACCAGAGCUGGUGGUCUAGGUAUCAAUUUAGCCACUGCAGAUACUGUUAUUAUUUAUGAUUCUGAUUUUAAUCCUCAAAUGGAUAUGUAAGCUAUGGAUAGAGCUCAUAGAAUAGGAUAAAAAAAUAGAGUUAUGGUUUAUAGAAUGGCUUGUGAACAUACAAUUGAAGAAAAAAUUAUUGAAAGAUAAUAAAUUAAAUUAAGAUGGGAUUCCUUAAUGAUUUAAUAAGGUCGUUUAUCAUAAAAAUAAAGUGGAAAAUUACUAUCAAAAGAAGAUUUAAAAGAAUUAACUACUCAUGGAGCCUCUUAAAUCUUUAAAUUAGAUGGAGAUGACAUCAAAGAUGAAGAUAUUGAUAUUCUACUUAAAAGAGGUGAAUAAUUAACUCAAUAAAUGAAUGAAAGAAUUGAGAAGAAAUUUGAAAGUUUUAAAGAUAAAAUGUAAUCUCUUGAUCUUGGAUUAGGAUAAAUUAAUAUUUUUGAUUAUUUUAAUGAAGAAAAAUAAAAUAAAAUGGACGAAGAUGCCCUUGAAGAUGCAUUAGCUAAUCAUCUUUUCUAAGAAAAUAAAACUAGAAAUAGAGAUAAAAGAGCUAUGAUGCUUGGUGGUAAUUCUAAAAAAAUAUAAGGAAAAUAAAUCAAAUUAUCUGAACAUCAUUUAUAUGAAAAUAAGGAUAGAUUGUAAUAUUUAUUGUAAAAAGAAGAAGAUUAUUUAGCUAUAUAGAAAACACAAAAGAAAGGGAAUGAUAAUGAAGAAAAUAUUGAUUUUGGAGGACUCACUUAAGAAGAAAGAUAAGAAUUAAAAUAAUUACUUGAAACAGGAUUUAAAAAUUGGAAUAAACAAGAGUUUUCUGAUUUUAUUACUGCUAAUGAAAAGUAUGGCAAAGAAGCAUUUGAGAAAAUUUAAGAAUUUAUUAAAACAAAAACAAUAGAUGAAGUUAAAUCAUAUGCUUAAGCUUUUUGGGAGAGAAUUGACGGUCUAAGUGAAAAAGAUAAAAUUGUUAAACAAAUUGAAAGAGGAUAAAAAUUAAUUGAAUAAAAAACUAAUGGUUAAAAAUUAAUCGAAGAAAAAUGCAAACAUUUUCAUCAACCUAAAUAUGAACUUGUUUUCACUCCACAAUUAUAUAACAAAUUCAAAAGUAAAUACUUUAGUCUUGAAAAUGAUAAAUAUCUAAUUUAUAUGACAAAUGAAGUUGGAUAUGGAAAUUGGACUUUACUAAAAUAAUCUAUUCGAAAAGAACCUAUGUUCAGAUUUGAUCAUGCUUUUAAAUGCAAAAGUGAAAAUGAACUAAAAAAUAGAGUUAUUUCUCUAGUCAAAGUACUCGAUAAAGAGAAGGAAAAUAAUUCUAUGGGACGUUCUCCUAUCAAAAAUACAUAUGUGGAUAAAUCUAAAAUUUAAUAGGACUCAUAAAAAAAGAAAAUGAAAAAUGAAGAAGAUGAAGUUCAAGAUGGCUCAGAGUCUGUGAAAAAAGUUAAAUUGUGAC